GGACGCCGAAGACCGUCACUAGACCGCAACCGCCACCCCCACCCGCUGGCGGCGCGACCGUUAAACGGCCGGCGGCGCCCGACCCCGCCUGGCACGCGGCUGCGGCCAGAGGCGCCGCGCGAAGGCCGGCCCCGCCCGCCGCUGAGGGAGAGCGGCCCCUGCGAGCCCGUUCGGGAUAGCGGGGCAGAGGCGCUGCCUGCGGCGGGGGAAGCUGCGCAGUGAGGCGGUUAGAGUGUGAUGCUUCAAAAUGUUAAAGGAAACUAAAAAGUUUAUUGGUAAAUCCCUUCAGCCAGCACGACCUGUGCAUCAUCUGUCUUCUAAACAAGCAUCAGCCAUUGCGUUAAACUUUCAGACUGAAUUACCCAGCAACACUGAAGUAUGUUUGCAGAGUAAGGUUGACUGGUCAUCUGAAAUGACUGAAGUGAAGAUCUUAACUCAAACUAUGAUGACCUGUCAACCAAAACAGCAUGAAUCAGAAGCAAAAAAAGAAAGGAUCAAAUACAGCAGAGAUUUCCUUCUGAAACUUUCAAGUGUUUCUCUUUCUCAGAAGAAGCCAGAGUUUCUUCCUGAUCAUCCAAUUGUACUUGAAAAGCCAGAAAAGAGCAACCCUUUUAUUGACAUAUGCAAGAAGUGACGGGUUGUUUGGAAGAUGAGAAAUCCAUCAAUGAAGGAGCUACAUAUGAUGUAGAUCUUUAAGAUUUUUGAAGGUACCUGGGUGCCUACAGAUGAAAGUGGGACCCUGUGAAACUUACAGAAAUGCCUGUUUCUUCCUGUAAUUGCCUGAAUGCUUUAAAAGUCAAACCUUUAAUUUGUAAUGCCUGAGAUGGUAAUACAAUUACAGUGAAAAUAAAUAAUUUUACAUUUUACUGUGACAGAA